AUGUCAUCUCUAGUCCACCCGGCAGGUUCUGAGGAACCGCCCGUACAGCCAAGCCCGGCGGCACAAGACGGUGUAGUCCUGCGCAGGAACAAAACCUCAGGCGCCGGGCAGACCUCGGAAAACCGCCGGAGCAUCGCUUACGAGGUCCCGCUGGGCGACAGCCCGUCCGACGACCCCUCGGCGUUCACCCGCGAGCAGGCCCGCCUGGACACGUACCGGGACUGGCCGCGGGACUGCCCGGUGCGCCCGGCCGAGCUGGCCCGGGCAGGGUUCUACAGCCUUCGCGAUGGAGACCGCGUGCGCUGCUUCGUGUGUUACCGCGUGCUGCGGCAGUGGUGUGCCGGGGACGACCCGCUGGAGGAGCACAGGAAGCACUACCCGGACUGCCCGUUCGUGAAGGGAGAGGAGGUGGGGAACGUGCCGGGCUGUAACGGGGAGACGAGCGCGGCAGGACAGGCCACAUGUAACGGUGGGACGGAAGCCGCAUCACCAAACGACGAUGUGCCCAAGUUCCCCCAGAUGACGUCAGAGACGCUGCGCCUGUCCACGUACCACACCUGGCCACACACCUUCCUCUCACCUGCCGAGCUCGCCAAGGCGGGAUUCUUCUACACAUUGAAGGGCGGUGACAGCGCUCGGUGUUUCCACUGCGGCGGCGGGCUGAAGAACUGGCAGCCGGGAGAUGACCCCUGGGUCGAGCAUGCGCGCUGGUACCCCAUGUGCAAGUUCGUGGAGAACCGCCAGGGGGCGCGGUUCGUGGAGGACGUGCUGAAUAAGUACAAGGUCGGGGAGGAUGUAGCCGGGAAUGAUGAAGGCGGGCAGGGGUCUGGGCGCGCCCACCGCCCGUCCAAGCUGGCCACGCCCACGUCGCCCAGGGAGAUGACCUUGUCCUGGCUGUCCCCUGGAUACGAGGAGCUGUCCGCUCCGCCAGCCGUCCCCUGGUUCGGCGACGCCGGCCCGGAAGUGAACGAGAACCUCCCCGCGCAGCCGCUGAACGUGCUGUCGGCCAUGGAGACGGAGCCCGCCAGAACCGUGGUCGCCAUGGGACACCAGCCGGAGGUCGUGCAGCACGCCAUCUGGCGGCGGCUCGAGAACAACAACGCCACAUUCCCGUCCACGCAGGAACUGCUUGCCGUGGUGACGGAGUUAGAAGAAGAGUACCGAAGAGCGCGGGAAAAAUUAGGGGAGGGCGGGAACCGCCCCAGUGUGGCCGAGGUCAUGGAUACCGAGGUGAUAGCGUCGAUCGUGGCGCAGGGUUACGACCGGGGGCUUGUGCAGCACGCGGUGUGGCGGCGGCUGGAGGCGGCGGGGCGAGGCUUCACGUCCCCGGAGGAGGCUCUGCACGCCGUCCGCGCGCUGGAGGAGGAGUACAGCCGCCUCAAGAGGAAGAAGCUGGAGGAACACGAGGGGAAGACGCUGCAGUACCACGGGGGAGCACCAGGGGGAGCCUCGCUGUCCAGUAACAGUCUGGGGUACGCCGCGGCGGGCGGGAAAGCGGCGGGUUUGCCGGACUGGACGGUGUCCGGACAGGCUGGGAACAGUUCGGGGGCAAGCAGCUUCUCUUCAGAGGGCAUCCCUCACGAGUUGCAGUCGGAGCUGGAGCGUCUCCGGGAAGAGCGGUGCUGCAAGGUGUGCAUGGAUCGCGAGGUGGAGCUCGUGUUCCUGCCGUGCGGGCACUACGCGUGCUGCGUGCCGUGCGGGGAGGGCAUGGUGGAGUGCCCCAUGUGUAGAGCGUGUGUAGAGUCCAAAGUUAAGGUCUACAUGUCAUAAAUGUGUAUUUUUCUUUUUUUCUUCCAGAAAUUAACAGAAAAAUGCAUUUUUGUGUCAAAAACGGAUAAAUUUGCGGGUAGGGUAAUAUGCAGGAGUGCCCCAAGUGUCGAGCGUGUGUAGAGUCUAAAGUUAAGGUCUACAUGUCGUAAUUCUUAAGUUGCUGCGCGUGUAUACCUAUUUGUUACAAAGUGUUCGCAAGGUUUGAUGAAAAUAUUGAACAGAAAAAUGCAUUUUAAUGUUAAAAUUGAUAAAUUUGAAGGUAAUGUAAUAUGCAGGAGUGUAUGUGUCGAGCAUGUGUCGAGUGCAAAGUUAAGAUCAUAAUUGUAACUUUUUCUUCAAACUCUUGAAGAUUUUUAACAGAAAAGUGCAUUUUUAGGUAAAAAAAAAUUAUCAAUUUGCAGGUAGGGUAGUAUGCAGUGUCCCAUGUGUCAAGCAUGUGUUUACAUGUCGUAAAGUUCCUUAUGUGUACUUUUUUUCAAUUCAAUAAGUUUUCGCAAAAUUUAUUUUGAUAAAAAAUUGAAAAAAUGCAUUUUAAGGUUGAAAUAGGGAAAUUGCGGAAAUUAAGGUCUACACGUCGUAAAGUUUCUGUGUAUGUAUUCAUGUAUGUUUUUCUAAUUUAUGAACCUUUCGCAAAGUUUUAAAAAAUUGAACAGAAAAAAAUGCAUUUCAAUGUAAAAAAAUGGAUAAUCUUGCUCUUGGUUAGUGUCCAUAGGCAAUACUAGCAUGGCGAAAUAUUCCCUAAACCUUAACAGAAUUAAAACCAAGAUAUCAAAAUUUCUCCAACAGAACCUGCUAUUUAAGAGAGGGAAGAAAAAGAUUUUAGAACUCCUUUUGACUGUGUACAAUUCAGCCUGUCAGUGGUGGGCAAAAUGUGACUUAAAGGCAUGUGCUUUAAUAAAACUCAGACGUAAAGUAAAUUAUUGAAAUAUAUAGCAAAGUAUACUAAGUUAUAACAUGAUGAUGUCGUGUAUGUAUAUAUGUAUGAAGUGGUGUGUAUAUUUCUCUUGUAGAUAUCAUAACGCAAAAGUGUGAUAUGCAAUAUACAAGUAUUGUGUAAAAUGUGUCGUAGCUAGAUAUUGCUUUAUUAACGUUGUGAUCUAAGCUAUCAUGGAGGAAGAAAUGAAAAUUAUUUCCCCGUUUUCUGUGCCCCGAAAAACUGUCAUUUGAGGUUGAAGAAAAAAAUUCAUCUGG